AUGACCGGUGGAAACGUGCCAAACGGGUCUGUUCCGGCAUAUGAUCUGACGUACGGCGAGAACGACUCUGCCGGAGUUGCAAUUGAAGAAGUAUCAUCAACCAGGGUAGGGAAGUCGUUGUCGAAGUACCUGGCAACAGCAAUUUCCAGAUUCCAGUUGCACACGGUCAAAAGUCGCAGGACCUUGUCCUGUUCUUCAUCUUCAUUAUACGAAGUGAACUCCUUGAAAUUCUGCAACACCGACUCCUGCUCGGGACGUAAUUGA